GUCUAGAAGCGCGAGCUGUGUGAGGAGGAGCAGGUGAUCAGUUACUAUGGCAGCACUUACUGCAUUAACAGGGAAUUAUACUAGAAUACAGACAUUAGCGUCCUAUUUCCAGCACUGUCGACGAUCAAAAAGAUGGAUUAAUCUGAAAACAGUCAACCGGAGAAGCCCUUUUUGUCAGUCACUGAAAAGAGAUGCUGCCACUGUGGUCUCAGGGACAGAACUUGCUCGGCAGAUCCAUAAAGAAGUCCAGAGUGAUAUAGCAAAACUAGUGGCCCAAGGCAUCAGGAGACCUCAUCUGAGUGUUAUCCUGGUGGGAGAUGAUCAUGCCAGCCACACUUAUGUGAGAAACAAAACUCGAACGGCUUCACUGCUUGGCAUGUCGAGCAGCACAAUCUUCAGGCCAUCAUCAGUAUCUCAAGAAGAGAUGUUGGAGCUGAUAGACAAAUUCAACAGAGACAGGAGCAUCAGUGGGCUGCUGGUUCAACUCCCUCUUCCAGAGCACAUCAACGAGAGAGCCAUAUGCAAUGCUGUUGCCCCAGAAAAAGACGUUGAUGGAUUCCACAUAGUAAACAUUGGGAAACUCUGCUUGGACCAGAGGUGCAUGGUGCCAGCCACAGCAGCGGCAGUGUGGGAAAUCAUCAGAAGAACGGGAAUUGAAACAGUUGGAAAAAAUGUGCUUGUUGUCGGGCGCUCCAAGAAUGUAGGAAUGCCCAUUGCAAUGCUGCUGCAUUCGGAUAGAAACCAUGAACGACCGGGAGGUGAUGCCACAGUUAUCAUGGCUCAUAGAUGCACUCCUCUGCCACGACUGAAGGAACUUGCCAGUCUGGCUGACAUAGUGAUUGCGGCUGCAGGUGUGCCUCACUUAAUAACGGCAGAGAUGGUAAAAGAGGGAGCCGCGGUUAUUGAUGUGGGCAUCAACCGCAUGCAGGACCCUGUCACUGGGAAACUGCGUCUUGUUGGAGAUGUGGACUUUGAAGCUGUGAAGGUGAAGGCUGGAUUUAUCACUCCUGUGCCUGGAGGAGUGGGCCCAAUGACCAUUGCCAUGUUGGACAGGAGACAAGCACUUCAGUCUGGAUACUUUAAUUGGCACUAUUUGUCCGUAUCUUGAUUAUAAGCACAAGUCCUUGCGAGCUUCCUCUUUAACAUCCUUUCCCUGUUCGUCUGCAAGCUGGAACAGGCCAUUCAAGCUGGAACGGCAGCCAUGCAUGUCCAUGACGGUAACUGCACCCUGAUUUGUUUCUUAAAACUGCCUCCAUACUGAUUCUAAGGAGCCGUUGCCUUUGCUACAGUGUUAUUAUUUUGUCGGAGCCAAGAAAAUAAGGAGGGUUUACUCUGCAAGUGUUAAUAUUACCAUCCUGACAUGCAUGAGUGAAGGCGGAAGUCUUACCCGCAUCAUCCUCACAGGAGAGUUUCGGUAGGGCUCGACAGGCUGCUCAACAGGUGGCCUCAGAUGUCUGACAGGUGAAUCUGUUGGCACUGAGACAAAUGGGACAUUACUACAUUUUCUCAGGAAAUUAUUUUCAAAAAUCAGUUUGAACUCAAAACGGCAAAAAUGAACCCAAGGGUGCUGCUUUCCUUUUAUUUAUUCAUCUACCUAUUUAUGGUAUUAUGUAUACAUUGUUUAAUAUGCAUACAUUUGUGCUUUUGUUUAAAAAAAAAAUCCUAGAUUUUUUUAUAAAUAGCUUGUUUUUAUCACCA